AUGUUCUAUCUCAACUCAUCACUCCUUGCUACUACUAACGAUAGCACAAUGUGGAAUCUCGCCUUCAUUGUCGCCUUCAUGACAGUAACCAGUAUUUUCCAAAUUCCAAUAACAUCGCUCCUAUUCCACGCCCUUGUCGCGACUAUCCUUGCUCUAUGUGUUCAAGUCGCCCACAGAAAAGGUCGCUCUGUACUCUGGGAUUUGGAGUUAUACUGCCACCGAAACUCAUACAGAAAACGUCGAUACAUCGUGCGAUGUCUCGCAGACGCCUUUACAUCCGACCAGGACAAGGAGAAGCAAAGAGAAAUAAUGGCGCUUAUUCAUGACUACACAAAGACAUUCGAUGCGCUGUUGCAGCGGGAUUUGUAUCUACGCGAUAAGCAAUAUAUACCAUCAGACAGCUCAAACCACGAUGAGGCUUUGGAGGAGACAAACAAGGAGAUUGACAGGAUAUGGAUACAGAUGGGUGUGAAUGCUCAAAACCUCGCUGAUUCAUACCGUUUAUAUAGAGAUGAGCCCGCCUGGGUGCGGGAUUACCCAAUGAUCUCCCUGAGCCAUCCCUUCAAAAACAGUGGUGAACUCGAGUGCAUGAUGCGGUUUGGCUGUUGCUUUGCAGAAUGUGGGUGCUGUGAGAAGCCCCGUAGAGAUAUGAAAGGUGAAAGGGGGGCUGCGGCAGGCCGUGGAGUGGUGCAUUGCACAGUUGAGUGUGGCUGCUGUAUCCAGCGGAGAGGGUUUCGCCUUCCCGAAGAGGUAAUGGGAGAGGAAUCAAAGCAGACAGAAAACUGGGAACUCGAUUGAGCCUCCGUCAGGCUGUCUCGUGUCAAGCGAGGAGCGAGAAGCUCGUAUUUUAGCCUCUCGAAGCUCGC